CGGGGGGCGGAGCGAAGGGCGGGCCAUAUAGGCCCAUCUCCGCCCCCCGGGCCCUAGAGCCGCCCUAGGGGCUGCCCGGGCCGUACAGCCUGCUUCUGCCUCCACCCCCGGCCGUAUGGUCCAGCGCCCCCCCGGGAGAACCCAGGCGUCCUGGCCUCUGCUCCGCGGGGGGACGGGACUCUGGGGGUCCGACCCGUGACCAUCGCCCCCCACGCAGGGACUGGGCGGGGCUGCAGCGCCCCCUGCUGCCGCCUCGGGGGAGCGCUGGGGGGCCCGAUCCUGCACAGCGCCGGGCACACGGAAGGACCCGAUCUUGGCUCGGGGUCUGUGCAGCGCCAAGCACAGCGAAGGCCCCGCGCCCGGCUCAGGAGCUCAGAGAGGGGCCCAAUCCCGGCUCGGUGUCCAUACAGCGCCGAGCCCGAUCCUGGACAGCGCCGAGCUGAUGCAGGGGCCCGAUGCGGGCGCAGGGUAGCGCCAGGCAUGACUCCGAUCCCUACUCGGGGACGGUACAGCGCCGGGCACAGCGAGGGCCCCGAUCCUGGCCAGCGCCGAGCGCGGUGAAGGGUUGAUGCCGGUCCAGGUCCGUCCAGCGCUGAGCACAGAUCUCGGCUCAGCAUGGGCCCAAUCCUGCCCCCACCCCGUCCCCCCAGCGCCGUGGGGGGGGAUCUGGACUCUUCUGCCCCCUCGGGGCAGAUCGCGGGGCUGCGGCCCCUUUAAGGCGGCGCUCACCUGUGCUCACCUGCCCAGGUGGCUGCGGGAGGCGGAAGAGGGACCGGGCCGGGCUGGGGCCAUGUCCGCCUCCGCCGUCUUUGUGCUGGACCUCAAGGGCAAGGUUGUGGCCCGUGCCCAUGCUGCUCCCCUGAUGCCCACAGCCACUGAUCAGCCGCAACUACAAGGGGGAUGUGGACAUGGGUGAGAUUGAGCACUUCCUGCCCCUGCUGGCGCAACGUGAGGCCGAGGGCACACUCACCCCACUGCUGACCCAUGGCCACGUCCACUUCCUCUGGAUCCAGCACGCCAACCUCUACCUGGUGGCCACGACACGGAAGAAUGCCAAUGCCUCUCUGGUCUACACCUUCCUCUACAAGAUGGUUGAGGUCUUCUCGGAGUAUUUCAAGGAGCUGGAGGAGGAGAGCGUCCGGGACAACUUUGUCAUUGUCUAUGAGCUGCUGGACGAGCUCAUGGACUUUGGCUUUCCUCAGACCACAGACAGCAAGAUCCUGCAGGAGUACAUCACCCAGGAGAGCAACAAGCUGGACACAGGAGGGUCGCGGGUGCCAACGACAGUGACCAAUGCGGUGUCAUGGCGCUCGGAGGGGCUGCGCUACAAGAAGAACGAGGUCUUCAUUGAUGUCAUUGAGUCUGUCAACCUGCUGGUGAGCGCCACGGGCAGCGUCCUGCUGAGCGAGGUGGUGGGCAGCAUCAAGCUGAAGGUGUUCCUGUCAGGGAUGCCUGAGCUGCGCCUGGGCCUCAAUGACCGCAUCCUCUUCGAGCUCACUGGCCGUCCAGGUGGCAAGAACAAGUCGGUAGAGCUGGAAGAUGUGAAGUUCCACCAGUGCGUGCGGCUCUCGCGCUUUGACGCCGACCGCACCAUCUCCUUCGUGCCCCCUGAUGGCGACUUUGAACUCAUGUCCUAUCGCCUCAACACCCAGGUGAAGCCCCUGAUCUGGAUUGAGUCGGUCAUCGAGAAGUUCUCCCACAGUCGUGUGGAGAUCAUGGUCAAGGCCAAGGGUCAGUUCAAGAAGCAGUCAGUGGCCAACGGGGUGGAGAUCACAGUGCCCGUGCCCAGUGAUGUCGACUCGCCCAAGUUUAAGGCCAGCAUGGGUAGCGCCAAGUAUGUGCCCGAGAGGAACGUUGUGCUCUGGAGCAUCAAGUCCUUUCCGGGCGGGAAGGAGUACCUGCUGCGCGCGCACUUUGGGCUGCCCAGUGUGGAGCGGGAGGAGGAUGAGGGCCGCCCGCCCAUCGCUGUGCGCUUCGAGAUCCCCUAUUUCACCGUCUCAGGCAUCCAGGUUCGUUACAUGAAGAUCAUUGAGAAGAGUGGGUACCAGGCUCUGCCCUGGGUGCGCUACAUCACCCAGAGUGGGGACUACCAGCUCCGGACCAGCUGAACGCCACCGCCCAGUGGUGGAGGACCCUGCUGCCUCCAAGGCCUGAGUCUAGCACUCCCCUCUCCGCCCAGCUGCCCCCAUGGGAGAGCCCCCCCCAUAUGUUGCCCUGCCUUGUCUGCUGGUUUAUAAACAGAA